UUGGUGGUGAAGUACUAGUAUUAGUAUUAGUGUGAGUGAGAGUAUUGUGCUGUUAUAAUGACAGUCUGUCAGCUGCGGGGCAGUUUUCAGGGGCAGCGGGGGCUUUGCAUUAGCGGCUGUUAUCAAGCCUGUGACAGAUGUAUACUCUUGACUUCCUGUUGACUGGGGAACACAGAGGGGUUAGAUAGUCCUCAGCCUUCCCCCAUCGCUGUAGCUACACCCUUCAGCCGAAAGCCUGGCCUGCAGAGAUACUCCGCUCCACACGCGUGUGUUUACUGCAGAGAGCAUCAGACGCCCGCAGCAUGACGAACCAGCUCGACACACUCGGCUGUUCCUCCAAGUCGUUCAAGCUGUACUCCCCAAAGGAGCCCCCCAACGGAAGCGCUUUCCCCCCCUUCCACCCCGGCACCAUGCUGGACAGAGACGUGGGCCCGACACCCAUGUAUCCCCCCACAUACCUGGAGCCAGGCAUCGGGAGACACACACCUUACGGGAAUCAGACAGACUACAGGAUAUUUGAACUCAAUAAGCGGCUUCAGAACUGGACAGAGGAGUGUGAUAAUCUGUGGUGGGACUCUUUCACUACUGAAUUCUUUGAGGAUGACGCUAUGCUCACCAUCACGUUUUGUCUGGAGGACGGUCCUAAACGAUACACGAUCGGCCGGACGCUGAUUCCUCGUUACUUUAGGAGUGUGUUUGAAGGCGGCGCCACUGAGCUCUACUACAUUCUCAAGCACCCUAAAGAGUCCUUCCACAGCAACUUUGUGUCUCUGGACUGUGAUCAGUGUACGAUGGUCACGCAGAACGGCAAACCCAUGUUCACACAGGUGUGUGUGGAGGGCCGUCUGUACUUGGAGUUCAUGUUCGAUGACAUGAUGAGAAUAAAGACGUGGCAUUUCAGCAUCCGGCAGCACAGGGAGCUCAUUCCCCGCAGCAUCCUGGCCAUGCAUGCUCAGGACCCGCAGAUGUUGGAUCAGCUGUCCAAAAACAUCACCAGAUGCGGCCUGUCAAACUCCACCCUCAACUACCUCCGAUUGUGUGUGAUCCUGGAGCCCAUGCAGGAGCUGAUGUCCAGACACAAGACGUACAGUCUGAGUCCCAGAGACUGUCUGAAGACGUGUCUGUUCCAGAAGUGGCAGAGGAUGGUGGCUCCUCCAGCUGAGCCGGCCAGACAGGCGCCGAGUAAGAGACGGAAGCGCAAGAUGUCGGGCGGCAGCAACAUGAGCGCCGGCGGCGGGACCAAUAACAACAGCAACAGCAAGAAGAAGAGCCCAGCAAACAGUUUCCCGCUGUCCAGUCAGGUCCCAGAUGUGAUGGUGGUGGGCGAGCCUACGCUGAUGGGCGGUGAGUUCGGGGACGAGGACGAGCGUCUGAUCACGCGGCUGGAGAACACGCAGUUCGAUGCAGCUAACGGCAUCGACGACGAGGACAGCUUUAACAACUCGCCCACGCUGGGAGCCAACAGCCCCUGGAACAACAAGCCUCCAUCCAGCCAGGAGGGCAAGAACGACAACCCCACCUCACAGGCGUCUCAGUGAGACUCGGGGCGGGGCCGGGGCCAGGGAGCGUCGGGCAUCCAAUGGGAAGAAAGAGGUGCGGUCGACUCGUCUACCUGCAGUAGCUGGUCUUCCUGUCUGCAGAGGAAGUGCACCUGGAGGACCAGAGAUGAGCGUCACACCACAACAGAAACGUUUACUCGACACAGGACAGUUUUUAUUCACACACUCGUGGUUUUGUUGGUGAUUUAUGAGGAGCCUGUAGAUAGUUCAUAUGUUUAAGUUAAGAUGAAGCAGAGAAAUCUGACCGCGUAAAACGCCAACAAGACCAAGAAAUAUCCAGCUCCUGUUUCACUCACAAGAAAUUACAUUUUGCAUGAGGAAAAUAU